AGAGUGCAUUCUAACUCAGCUUGUGAUUAGGGUUGCUUUCUUCUGUUUGUGCUUUCUCUGUCUCCGGCCUAGUUUGCAUCACUCUCCCUCUCUCGCUUGCUCUCCUUGCUUAAUCCAUGGCGUCCUCCGACGAUGAGCCUGAAAAUCCAAUGCCCGUCCCGUCUAACGAUUCCCCUGACUCCGGCUCCGAGUCUGAUUCCGACCUCGAUGACGAUGAGGAUGAUCAGGCCACUGCCUUGCUGCUGCAGCGCCUCCAGGCCCAAGUGAACGAGUCCAAUUCCUACGAGGCUCAUGUUAAUUACAUUGACGCACUUCGAAAGGCGGCAGAAUUGGAGAAGCUUCGGCUAGCAAGGGAAUCUAUGAAUGCGGUCUUUCCUUUAACUCCUAACAUGUGGUUAGAAUGGUGUGAAGACGAGUCACGUUUAGCAACCAGCCGUGGAGCAGUUCCAGCAGUAGAGGCUUUGUACGAGCGCGGUGUCAAAGAGUAUUUAUCUAUUCCCCUGUGGCUACAAUAUCUCGAGUUUGUGGAAGAACGGGACACGUCUGUUGCUGACUGCACUGAACCUGGGAUAGCUAAAAUGAGGGCACUCUUUGAACGGGCGCUGACUUCAACUGGGUUGCAUUUCACCGAAGGAGGAAAGGUUUGGGAGGCUUAUCGUGAUUAUGAAUCAGCUCUCCUGCUUAGUAUGGCCGAAGCAAGUCCUGAGGCAAAAAGCAAGCAGGUUGAGAUCUUAAGAAGCUUGUUUCAUCGUCAGUUGCGAGUUCCUUUAGUAGAUCAUGCCCAGACUCUGGAGCAAUACAAGGACUGGGAGCAACAGCAAGGUGUCCAAAUUGGGGCUGACAAUGAUGAUCUCUCUGGCCUUCCUGGAGGUGUGGCAUCUGCAUACAAGACGGCAGAGCAGAUGAGCAAGGCACGAGGAUUGUUUGAAAAUAACAUAACGGCUGAGAAGCCUGUUGAUGGUGACUUGCUUCAGCAUUACUUGGAAUACAUCAGCGUUGAGGAGGCAACAGGUGAUCCAGCUCGCGCUCAGAUACUGUACGAGCGUGCUUUAUCUGUCUUCCCUGUUACUCAUGAAGUUUGGCUCAAAUAUACUCAUUAUCUUGACGUCAACCUCAAGGUAGCAUCUGUAUUAAGGAGUGUGUAUGCUCGAGCUGUGCGGAAUUGUCCUUGGGUUGGUGCUUUGUGGACCAAAUAUAUGCUAGCUCUUGAACGAGCAGCUGCUCCAGAAACAGAACUAUCAGUAGUAUUUGAAACUGCACUAGGGUGUGGAUUUCAGUCACCAAAUGAGUAUGAGGAGGUAUACUCUACGAGGGCUCAUGGGCUAAGGCGACGGAUUAUGGCAGCAGAUGCAAAUUCUGAUCAGACUUCCAAUUUUACACUUUUGCAUGAUACAUUUGAGCGUGGAACGGAAUUUUUGUCUACUUACUUCCCGGAUCAUGUAAAUCAUAACAUAAGACUGUGGACCUAUUGGGCUCAUUUGGAAGCUACAUUGCUAAAGGACAUAACAGCAGCUCGUGGUGUUUGGGAGAACCUGAUAAAGACUCAUGGUUGGAUGUUAGAGGUGUGGCAAAAUUACAUUUCCAUGGAGCUGCUCCUUGGGAAUGUGAAGGAGGCAAGAACUUUAUAUAAGCGCUGCUACAGCCGCAGGCUAGAGGGUACUGGAACACAGGUCAUGUGUGCUGCAUGGUUGCGCUUCGAAGAAGAACAUGGUGCUCUGGAAGACUAUGACCGGGCUGUGUUGAAGGUUGGCCCUAGGGUUGCGGAGGUUCAGAAUUUGCAGACCCAACAGGAGCAAAAGCAGUCAACAGGAACAGAAAGAGUGAAGAUGGAAUCCAGGCCUCAGCCGUCGGAUAAAGUUAAACCUAAAAGUGAUGUCAAAAGCAGAUCAUCCAAGAUAACUGACAACGCAUCUAAAACGAGCGGCAGAAAAAGAGGACUUGGAAACGCAGAAUCAGAGAACGCCGUGAAACGUCAGAAAGUUCCCAAGGUUACUGCUCAAGACACCGAUCAACCAGGGGCUUCAGAAACAGCAGCUGGCAUAGUUACAGGAAUGGAAGAAGCAGAGCGAACGGAGCAAAAGUCGGAAAAUGCAUCAAGAGAACUUCCAAAACAAGUGAAGGAGUUGAACAAGGCAGUUGUUUUCACGGACGAGUGUACUGCAUUUUUGUCUAAUGUAGCAUUUGAAGUGACUGAGGAGGAUCUUAAGGAAUUCUUUUCUCCCUCUUCUCGAGUCAAAGAAGUUCGUAUACUGCGGGAACGUGGCACUGCAAGACCUCGAGGGCUUGCGUAUGUCGAUUUUGAAGACGAAGAGUCUCUAACUGCAGCUAUAGCCAAAAAUAAAGAGGAACUCAAAGGGCGACAACUGAGCAUUGCUCGUUCAGAUCCCAAAGGAGGUCGUGGUGGAGGUCGAGGCUCUGGAUCCAGUCGCCGUGGAAGAACAAGUGCCCUCGGGCGCGGUGGGGGUCGUGGAGGCAUAGGAGGAAGUGAUUCAAGCAACGCCCUUGGAGGUGGUCGAGGUUUGGCUGGACCUCCAACAGUCGGACAUCGUCGUGGUGGUCAUCUGAAACUUACAGGUUCCAACACGUUUGCUGUGCCACGAAAUGUACCUCGACCUUUAGGUUGGGGCAAUCCCCUAGCCACUAGUUCCUCGAAUGCCAGUGGAGGUGAAGUGCCCAAGUCGAAUACAGAAUUUCGAGAAAUGUUUCUGAAGCAAAGCUGAGUUUGGAAGUGUAAUAUGCUCUUUCAUAGUUUCAAAGUAGAUCUAAGAUGGGUUUCUUGAAACCUGGUCUGUAAUUUCGCACUAAGGGUGUAGCUCAAAGCGCCCAUUCACUUUAAUGAUCAAUUUUGUGGAAAAUGUGUAAUUUUGGCGAA